UUCACCUAUGAUAUGUCAGAUGUAGGAAAUGUAUGUAACCACAAGAUUAAGUUGUGGUAUAUGCAAGUGCAACCUCACAUUUAGCAGUUUAAGAUUUAUCUUACAUUCAUCAUAUAUAGCAUUAAUCUCCUAGACUUGAAGUGAUCCUCUAUGAAAUGUCUGGCUGUGGAAAAAUCUAGAAAGUAGAAUGGUACGUAUAUGGUAAGACCUCAGGUCCCCACCCACUGGUGCUUCCAACAGAGCAGUCCAUGUCGUGCUUUCCAGAAUCCUCCAUCACUCAUUUCCAAAUUUGUAUAUAUUUCAGAACUAAACUCACUACCACAAACACAUAUUUACUUCAUAAAAAACAAGCAACAAUUAAUACUUGUGAUUAUUUGUAUCAACAACACUUCACCACUCAACAAAAAUGGCACAAUCUUUAUCCUCUAAUCUAGGUCUUAACCCGGCCAUGGUUUCCAAGAGUUCAUCAAGCACCUCAAGAUCAACCCAUUUUCUUCUAUUGCAAAAGGUAAAGCCCCUCAGAGCCAUGACAGGGGACGCAAGAGAAAAACUCAACCAUGUCUCAAGAGACAUCAACAAUACCAACCACCAAUCCCAACCCAAAAGAAGAACCGUUCCUUCCGCACCCAUAGGGUUAUGGGAUCGAUUUCCUACAGCAAGAACAGUACAAGAGAUGAUGGAGACAAUGGAAAGAAUGAUGGAAGAUCCAUUUGCAAUGAGCACACUUGAGUGGCCAUCAUCACCUCUUCCAAGUGAAGGAGCAGGUGGAUAUCGAAGGAGGGGAAGAACACCAUGGGAGAUUAAAGAAGGAGAAAUUGAAUACAAGAUGAGGUUUGACAUGCCUGGUAUGAAAAAAGAAGAUGUGAAAGUGUGGGUUGAAGAGAAGAAGAUGCUUGUGGUUAAAGCUGAGAAGGGAUCCAAGAAGAAGAAGAUUGGAGAAGAAGAGAUGGUGAAAGAAGAAGGAGAUGUUGAUGAAUGGUGUUCUAAGAGCUAUGGUAGAUAUAGUGGCAGAAUUGUUUUGCCUCAGAAUGUGGAGUUUGAGAAUAUUAAGGCAGAGGUUAAGGAUGGUGUUCUUUACAUUAUAAUUCCUAAGGCUUCUAGCUCCUCCAAAGUCUUGAAUUCUAGUGUUCAAUGAUUCUUAUUUUUUAAUGUGCUCAUGUUAAUAAGGUUAUAGAUUUUGAUUUAGAUAUAGAUAUAGAUAGAGUUUCACCUUUUUGUAAGAAAAUGCUCUUUGAAUUAGUUGUGUCUCUUUUAUUUCCACACGAAAUUUGUAAAUAUUCAUCAAUUUAAUUCUUAAAA